AUGGUUAACCUUAUCUGCUGCCAAGUUGUGACCACUGAUCAAUGCAACAGCUGCAAGUCCCAACCUGAGGAUGUUGUUCAUGCUGUGUGGAGUUGUAAGGAGGUGGAAAGUGUUUGGAGUAACCUCAGUUGGGCUAAUCUCUCGGACUCCAUCCAUCCGGGUGACUUCACUAACCUUAUUUCAAGUUUUUUGCAGGUUUCGGAGGCCUACAAAGCCGAGAUUUUCAUACUCACAGCUUGGUUAUUGUGGAAUCAAAGGAAUGUUGUCCAUCUAAGCCGCCCAACUCGUCCUUUAGGCCAUAUCCUCUCAGUUGCAGGUGACAUGCUCCAGGACUUCCUCAAUCCUCAAGUUGCCUUGCCCGUUGUAGAUCAGAUUCCCAUCUCGCAUCAAUGUUGCCCACCUGACCAUCCUCAGUUCAAAGCAAAUUUCAACGGUGCUGUUUUCAAUAGCAUCAAUGCGGUUGGAAUUGGAGUGGUUGUUCGAGAUGUUAGAGGUGAUGUUGUUGGUGCUCUCUCUAUGCGUAUUCCGCUCCCUCAAACUGUUGCAGAAGUGGAGGUCCUUGAGUGCCGACGUGCUGUCCAAUUUGUAUGUGAGAUUGGAAUCCAUGAAGUAACCUUUGAAGGUGAUUCAGUGCUCGUAAUUCAAGCUCUCAAAUCUGGAAAGGCUGACCGAUUCGUUUAUGGGCAUAUUAUUGAUGAUGUUCUCUAA